GAGUAGCACAUGAUAAUGCCUUGCAACUCGAGAUCUUUAGAGGAACUCGCCCAAUUAUUCCGGAUGGAAUUCCAAACCGAUACGAGGGGCUAAUACGACGUUGUUGGGAUACAGAUCUUAAUAGAAGACCCAGAGCAGUUGUCAUUUCUGUUUAUUUUUCUAGAAUCCAACAAGAUGGUCUAGAUGGUCUUGUACUUCAAAAUGCUCUUGCAAGGACGGGUAGUGAGAUUUCGACCGUAACUAGUGGGAUUUCGAGUACAGCUUUGAUGUCUAUAUGUGAUACGGGUGAUUCCUCUGGUGCUUCUUGUGCUAUCGAUUUUUCAAUUGACAUUACAUAUAAAGUUUAA